UCUGUCGCUCUCACAGAUACUAUUAGCACGGAUCUGAGGUUGAAGUAGACAGCUAAAGAUAAAGUCAGCAAGAGAAAAAGCCCCAAAAAACGACAAACACGGAGGAAUUAAGACAAACAAACAGCAAAGUCUUCUUCAAACUCAAGCAUGCAGAAGCUGUGGGUGUUUGUGGCUUUUGUAGCCCUCCUGAUUGUCACAGUUACGCUGGCAGAUGGUGGGAAAAUGGAGAAACAAGGUAAGAAAGAGCGUAAAUCAGAUUGUGGCGAGUGGCAGUGGAGCGUGUGUGUGGCUAACGAGGGUGACUGCGGUCUGGGCACAAGGGAGGGCACACGCACUGGCACUGACUGUAAACAGACCAUCAAAACCCAGCGCUGCAAAAUCCCCUGCAACUGGAAAAAACAGUUUGGAGGAGAAUGCAAGUAUGACUUCCAGGAAUGGGGAGAGUGUGAUUCCACCAUGGGAAUAAAGACGCGUACCGGCGUGCUGAAGCGAGCGCUGAUGGAUGCAAACUGCCUGAAUACAGUCAGCACCACCAAACCCUGCGGCAAACCCAAGACCAAGCUGCAAGAUUCACGGAAACCAAAACGAGAUGGAAAAAAGAGGGAACGGAGCCCGACAGACUAGAGAGGAGAGGAGCGGCUCUUUCCCCCUCCGGCAGAGAGACGGAUAUAAUGGCCUUCACGAGAGGAACAAAUCAUUUAGUUUUCUGUCUAACAGAAGAUUUUUAAAUCUUUUAUAGUUUUCAGCUGAAUAAUGAAUAAAAGAUCCGGAACACAAAUAUUGUGCUUAACCUUCUAAUGCGCUCCGGACCUUCAGGGUCGGACAUUUAAAUGAAGCUUCUUGUUUAAAGGGGAAAUGAUUGACUCACCCUCAUGUCAUUCCAAACCUGUUUCAAAAGAGAUAUUUGGAAGAAUGUUCACGCUGCUUUAUCCAUACAGCGAUGUGAAGGAGAAUGGAUGCUGUCGAGCUCCAAAAAGGGCAAAAAUCAUCAUAUAAGUACCAUAAAGUCGUAUAUUCCCGGUCUUCUGUAGCCAUACGAUAGUGUCGAUGCACAGUUUUGAUGUUACAGAUGUCCAUUCCUGGUAUGAAGAAUUGAAUUUGGUAAUUUGGUUUUCACUAACGGCAUGGAUCAUUUUCGACAUUUAAGAUGUCAUUCAUUUCUCUCCAAUUUAUUAAAUGGCUAAAAUCCAAAACUAGCAUGUUCCCUAUUUUUUUUUACUUUUUUAAAAAAAAAAUUUUAUAUAUAUUUUUUUAUA